AUGGCGCUACCAAGGAACCCCCGCCGCUCCAUCCCUGAUGCUUCUGGCAUUGAUGCUGUUGCCGGAAGAUACAGUGUGGAAGAAAUGGAUAUAGAAAACGAUUCUAUGUCCUCCAUUUCCAACGCGAGGAUCGGCUUAUUCUCUCAGACUCUAAUACCGAGUCCGAUUGUCCAAUGGAUCUUGCCUGCACGCCUACGGCAUAAACUCCACAAUGACGUCGUUUUUGUGGGUGAAAGGAGUUUGCAGAUUAAGGAAGCUGUUUCGGGAGUCCAUCUACAAGCAGUGACGUCCAAGUCUGAUUUCGAUGCUCAGAUAAUGGCCGCAAAAGUCAUCAACGUCAGUACAGAGUUGCCAUGGGAGGCACAGAUGAGGAUGAUGGAAGGUGGCUCUUCGGGUUCGAAUGCUGAACCUGGAUUGCACGACGACUUGCCUUCUCAAAUAUUAUGUCUCAGUCUUGCAUCUAGGGAGCUGGUCUUUCUAUAUUACUCGGACGCAACUGAACAGUUUAUCCAUUAUCGUCGGCCUUUACCAAGUGAUGUAAGCACGUUUGAGCGGUUUGGUCGCAAUAUUGCUGUGGACCCAAGGUCUCGUGCAGUAGCUGUCAGCGCUUCUUGUGAUUACUUUGGCGUUUUCAUUCUCAAAAAGCCACCCAUUCUUCAGAACCAAAUGUCACAGGUCCAGUUGGAUCCCAUAGCAGAGGAGCGCUUCUUUCGUGUCGAGGGUGAUAUACUUUUCAUGGAAUUCUUGUACCCUAGGCCUGACGAUGCGAGCAAGAUCAUGCUGCUCCUUUUGGUCGCUCAGGACCAGAUCACUCAUGCUAUCUGUUACGAGUGGGAUGCACAGAGUCCUUUGCGACAAGCGUCCCCAAGAGUUACCAAAAAGUUACUCCCGCUCGACGACAGGCUGCCAACAAUGCUGAUCCCAUUGACAAAAACAUCAUCAUGGAUGUUGAUCACAACAACAGCCAUGGUGGUUUACAGAAACGGACUGGACUCUCGCCAACAGCCAAGCAGGUAUCCCCUUCGCGUGCCAGAUCGCGAGUCUCAUCGAUCCCCCCUCUGGACUCGAUGGGCAAGACCACUACGUAACUGGCAAUAUAACCAGAGACAUGAUGAUAUCUACCUUUGCCGCGAGGAUGGGCAAAUAUCUUACUUGGAAAUUGGGAACGAUGGUGGGGUAGAGAAUCAGACGCAUCUGGGGCAGCUCUGCUGUGACGUUGACGGUGCAUUCGACAUCUUGGACAUUGGAAAUGAAGGCGACGACUUGCUUCUAGCGGCUGGCAACACCGGUGACGGCGGCUUGUUCGUUCAAAAAGCUCGAGACCAUCCCAGAUGUGUCCAGAAAUUCAUGAACUGGACCCCGGUCACGGACUCGGUCUUGGUGAAAGGUCAAAGCGAGGACCUAUCUUCAACGGGAGUCUCCAGCGAUCGAUUAUUCGUUUGCUCGGCGUCCUCCUUCGCUCGGGGUGCUAUUGUCGAACUCAGACACGGCAUCGAAGCACAAAUCGGCUUGGCCAUAUCUGUGGAAGAAUUAACAAGCACCCGAGAUUUAUGGACAAUGCCAGAUGACGCAAAAGGCGGUGUGUUCGUCCUGACGUCCGACCCGAUAUCUUCAAUGCUGUUACACAUCCCAUCCGACUUCGGAGAGGAAAUCUGUGCAAUUGACGAAGCAGAUGUUGGGCUAAAUUUUGGUGCUCAAACGUUGGCAGCGGGAUGCAGCGAUUCUGGUGUCAUUGUCCAAGUGACAGACAAGUCAAUACGGCUCGGAGCCAUCUCCGAGAUGCUUUCGAAAUCGCGUCUCGAUUAUGACUCCGGCAAGUACAUCACGGCUGCUGCUGUGGAUCAAUCUGCGUGUCUCAUCGUCGCCGCGAUUCGGUCGCAACAUCAAAUGUAUCUCGAGUUCAAGAGAAUCACUUUGUCCGAUGAUUCGCCUCAAUUGCUAGAUGUUUGUCAAGCUUUGACCAUUCAAUACGAGCCUGUCUGCAUCUGCGUCGAGGCGUUCGAUACCGGUGUCUUUGUGUUCAUAGGCACAGACCGAGUCACACUGACGUCUGACAUAAUUGUUGAUGUGGGCGGCGCGGAAGACAUAUCUAAGGCGAUUGAUAGCAUUGCCAUGAUUGCCACCAGACCAGAACAGUCGCUAGCGAAGCGGACGUUACUUUGCGGUUUGAGGAGCGGUAUCUUGGGUCUCCAGCUCGUCAUUUGGUAUGCUCUCCUUGUUAAGAUGGAAGAAGCCCUCGCUAACACGCUUUUCAUAGAACUUAGACAAGCGACAUCACAGCGCUUAGGGCACACAUCUAUCAAACUGCAAGGCAGAGGAAACUUUGCACUGUUGACUUGUGGGCAAGGCUUUUGGCAGGCGUCCUGUCUCAACGGCGGAACUCCAAGCUAUGCACUUCAACGGAUCUGGGUCACUGACCAAAAUAACCCUGCCUACCAUCCGAAAGGUGUUUACAGUUUCGCCAUGACACGGAUCGAUGGCCUCAAUGACACCCUCUUCUGCACUGCCGACGGGCAGCUAUUGAUCUGCACUUUGGAUCAGGACACGAAGACCGUCCCCAGAAGGAUCGAUCUACCAGGCAGUGGCACUAAGCUAGCCUACUCUCAACAUUUGAAGAGUUUGAUCGUGGCCUACACCCGAACGGCCUUUGACACAGACUCUAACCCCAUCAAGCGAUUCAGCCGGUCAUACAUUGAGUUUGUGGAUCCCGAUUCACAAAACGCAGUCCCCUCCCCCCUUGAUUCUCCGGCAGACGAGGCAACCAGACCUUGGAGACCGCACGGAGCGGCAGGAGAGAAGAUCAGCUGCAUCCUGGAAUGGACACCAACCAAAGGUGACGAACAGUAUCACUUCAUUGUCAUCGGCAGCGCACGCAAGGAUCAGCAGGAUCGCGGCCGAGUUAUCUUCCUACAGGCCUCCCGGGACGUAUCCGACCCGUCCCACAUCAAGUGCACCGUGAAGUACAUUCACAAAUUCGAGCAGCCCGUUUUCGCCAUCGCCCCAUAUGGCGACUUUACCUUGAUGGUCUCGACUGGCCGUGAAAUCGUGCCCUUAGAACCCAAGUUUUCGCAAACUCCUGGAUUCCGGGCGGCCAGAUAUCCUGUGCUGUCCCCUGCAAUUUCAAUGACUGCCCACGAACCGUAUCUGUAUAUGUCCAUGUCUCGGGAGUCAUUGAUGGUGCUGAAGGCUGGCGAUGAUAAACUCAUCCUGCAUGCAUAUGACCGUCAGAAGCAUGACGGACUCGCCCAUCUCCACAUUGGUGGCGACCGAAAGCUUACGCUCACUUCUAGCCGUGGCGGGCGUGUCAGUCUCCUGACAGAGUCCGGUGUGACCGAUCAAGACAAGAUGAUGCCUUUGGCCUUGUGCGAGGCGCAUCUUCCGGCGUCCGUCAGCCAGCUCAGCACUAGCUCGAAGUUUUCGCCCACGCUACCUGGCUCCCCAGUGGUUUAUGGCACGAGUAUGAGUGGCGCUGUGUACAGCUUCUCGAUAUUGGGCGAGAAAGAGUGGCGCCUGCUGCGACUGUUGCAGAACUUAUGCGUGCGCGACCCUAUCAUCUCCCCGUUUACAACGAAAAGAAAACGACAACGGAAUCCGGUCGGGAACGACCCUUUGCAAUUCCAACCGACUCAGAUGCACAUCGACGGCGAUAUCCUGAGCCGUCUGCUGCCGCGUGGACCAGAUCACUUGAUGCAUAUGCUCAUCACGGACGAGUUCUAUGACCAUUCGUCUCCGGAGACUGGGUCGCCGCAAGCUAUCCGGGAGAGAUUCUUGGAGCUAUGUGGUGAGCUACUAGGAGAGACAACGAAUCCGGUCGAGGCGGUGAUGGGCUGGUUGCGACGUAUACUCCAAGCAGGGAUCUAG